ACCUAGAAAUGGAUUCACUGGCCAUUGAGGAUGUGGCUGUGAACUUCACCCUGGAGGAGUGGGCUUUACUGGAUCCUUCACAGAAGAAACUCUACAGAGAUGUGAUGUCGGAAACCUUCAGGAACCUGGCCUCAAUAGGAAAAGCAUGGGAAGAUCAUGAUACUGAAGAUCAGUACAAAAACCAGGGGAGAAGACUAAGAGGUCAUAUGGAAUUGAGACUUUGUGAAAGUGAAGAGGGUAGUCGAUGUGGAGAAAACUUCAGCUUUAUUCCAAAUCUCAAUAUGAACAAGAAAACUACCAGAGCAAAACCAUGUAAAUGCAGUGCAUGUGGAAAAGUCUUCAUGCACCAUUCAUCCCUUAAUAGGCAUAUUAGAUGUCACACUGAACACAAACCAUUUCACUAUCAAAAAUAUGGAGAGAAGCCACAUAAAUGUAAAGAAUGUGGGAAAGCCUUCCCUUUUCCCAGUUUUCUUCGAAUACAUGAAAGAACUCAUACUGGAGAGAAACCUUAUGAAUGUAAAAAAUGCAGUAAAGCAUUCACUUCUUCCAGGUAUCUUCGAAUACAUGAAAGAAUUCAUACUGGAGAGAAACCCUAUGAAUGUAAAAAAUGCAGUAAAGCAUUUGCUUUUUCCAGUUCUCUUCGAGUACAUGAAAGAAUUCAUACUGGAGAGAAACCCUAUGAAUGUAAGCAAUGUGGGAAAACCUUUACUGCUCACUCGAGUCUUCGAUCACACAUGAUCUUUCACACUGGAGAUGGACCUUAUAAAUGUAAGGAAUGUAAGAAAGUAUUCAUUUUUCCCAGUGCACUUAGAAUUCAUGAAAGGUGUCACACUGGAGAGAAACCCUAUGAAUGUAAAAAUUGUGGUAAAUCAUUCAGUCAUCCCCGUACUCUUCAAAUGCAUGAAAGACGUCACACUGGAAAGAAGCCCUAUAAAUGUAAGGAAUGUGGGAAAGCCUUUAUUGCUCUCACAACCUUUCGAGUACACAUGAUCACUCACACUGGAGAUGGACCUUAUAAAUGUAAGGAAUGUGGAAAAGUUUUCAUUCAUCCUAGUUCAUUUCAAAUACAUGAAAGGAGUCACACUGGUGAGAAACCUUAUGAAUGUAAAGAAUGUGGGAAAGCCUUUAGUUUGCACACUAACUUAAAAAACCACAAAAGAACUCACAAAGGAGGGACAUCCUUUGUAUGUAAGGAAUGUGGUAAGGCUUUUAUUUCUCUUUGUCUUUUCCAAAUACAUGAAAGAAAUCACACUAGAGAGAAAUUCUAUGAAUGUAAAAAGUGCAAUAAAGCAUUCAUUUCUUCCACUUCUCUUCGAAGACAUGAAAGAAAUCACACUAGAGAGAAACCCUAUGAAUGUAAAAAGUGCAGUAAAGCGUUCUCUUAUCCCAGUUCUCUUCAAGUACAUGAAAGAACUCAUACUGGAGAGAAACCGUAUGAAUGUAAGGAAUGUGGGAAAGCGUUUAUAACUCCCUCAAGCCUUCGAUCACACAUGGUCUUUCACACUGGAGAUGGACCUUACAAAUGUAAGGCAUGUGAGAAAGCAUUUAUUUCUCCCAGUGCAUUUCAAGUACAUGAAAGAAGUCACACUGGAGAGAAACCAUAUGAAUGUAAAGAAUGCAGUAAAGCAUUCAGUUGUACCAGGUCUCUUCGAGUACAUGAAAGAAUUCAUACAGGAGAGAAACCCUAUGUAUGUAAAAAAUGCAGUAAAGCAUUCACUUUUUCCAGUUCUCUUCGAGUUCAUGAAAGAAUUCAUACUGGAGAGAAACCCUAUGAAUGUAAGGAAUGUGGGAAAGCCUUUAGAGAUCACUCAAGCCUUCGAUCACACAUGAUGAUUCACACUGGAGAUAGACCUUAUAAAUGUAAGGAAUGUGAGAGAGCAUUCAUGUAUCCCAGAUUACUUCGAAGGCAUGAAAGAAGUCAUGCUGGAGUGAAACCCUAUAAAUGUACAGAAUGUGGGAAAGCCUUCAGUUCUCAUGAGAGUUUCCAAAUACAUAAAAGAAAUCACACUGGAGAGAAAAAGUAUGAGUGUGAAAAAUGUAGUAAAAUAUUUAGUUUUCCAAGUUCUCUUCGAAGACAUGAAAGAACUCACACUGCAGAGAAACCCUAUGAAUGUCAAGAAAGUGGAAAAGCUUUUAUUUCUCCUGAAAACUUUUGAGGAUAUGCAAGAUGGCACAUUAGAGGAAAAACCAUAUAGAUGUAGGGAACGUGGGAAAGCUUUUUGUCAUCCCAGUUCUUUC